AUGCGGUUCACCCGCAUCGCCGCGGCCGCCACACUGCUUGGCGCAACUGCCGCCCAGGUCCACACGGACUGCCAACCUCUUAACCGUACCGACUGCCCUCCCGACCCGGCCUUUGGCACGAGCCACUUGUUCAACUUUAAUGCGACACCGUCCUACGACCUAUGGGAAACCACCGUCGGAAGCGUCGACUACAAUGCCGAUACAGGUGCCGGCUUCUCCGUCAAGAAGCAGGGCGACUCGCCCACCAUUCGAUCCAAGUUCUACAUCUUCUGGGGCCGCUAUGAAAUCAGCCUCAAGGUUGCUCCCGGCACCGGCAUCAUCAGCUCCCUCAUGCUGCUGAGCGACGACCUGGACGAGAUCGAUAUUGAAUUCAUGGGCGCCAACGCCACGCAAGUCACCACCAACAUCUUCGCCAAGGGCGAUGAGGACGACCACUCCUUCGGCAAGGAGCAUGUCAUGGCUGGUGGCAACCAGGACGAUUACCACACCUACAUUGUCGACUGGACCAAGGAGAGACUUGAGUGGUCUAUCGACGGCAACGUCAUCCGCACGCUCGCCUACAACGAUGCUAAGAAUGGUGACAAGUAUCCCCAAACACCCAUGCGAAUGAACAUUGGCAUCUGGGCUGGUGGUGAUCCCUCGCUCCCAAAGGGCACCAUUGAAUGGGCCGGCGGCAAGACUGACUAUACCAAGGGCCCAUACACCAUGUUUGUCAAGAGCAUCAAGAUGGAGGACUACACCAAGGGAGCGAAGGAGUACUCCUACGGAGACAAGACCGGCAGCUAUCAAAGCAUACAGAUUAAGGAGGGCAACUCGACCGCCUAUAACAACAUCAACAAGCCUCCCCCCAAAAGCCCGGUAGAUGGCUGGAAGAACCUCUCACCCACCGCCAAGAUUGGCAUCUACUCAGCCAUCGGAGUCGUCUCGGCUCUUGCUCUUGCUACUCUCCUCUACUACUACUUUAGACAGCGUAGACUGGGUGCCGCCGAGGCCCGGCUGGCCGACGAAAAGGACAAAGCCGAGCGUCUUGAACUCGCGCAGUUCCGCAGGGAUGGUGUUGACCCUGACAGCUUCCGAGAGCAUGGCCAUGAAUACGGUGAAAAGGCAGCCAACCUGUCUCCUCCGGGCACAUCAUCUGGCAACCCGUUUAACCACCCCGACGACUCGCGCCCCGGCUCCCGCAACCCGAGCAUGCCUACUCUGGCCUUGUCCGCCGGCGCGGCGGGCGCUGCGGCCGGUGGCGUCAUGGCGGCCGGCCAUGCCCCAAGCCACGCCGCGCCUGGGACGCCAACGUCGCCUCGCGGUGGCUACAACUCGCCCAACGCGCACGCGGGCUUCGACUUCGGUGUCCCGCCCUCGCCCGUGCGCUCGGCAACUGCCGACCCGUACCGCCUCGGCUCGCCGGACCCCCAGCAGGCAUACGGCAUGAACAGGAUGCAGACCCCCAUGGGCCAGCCGGGGCAGGCCGGCUACCACGCCAGGCAGAGCCCCGGUCCAAUGCAAUACGGCCAGCAAAGGACACAAAGCCCCGCCCCCGGCUACAGCGGCGGCAACCAGCCGGCCUACCGUGGCCAGCCUGGCGGAGGCAACCACUGGAACUAG